GGAAGCAUGAAUAACUCACAGAUAUCUACUGUGACACAGUUUGUGUUAUUGGGCUUUCCUGGUCCCUGGAAAAUUCAGAUCAUCUUUUUCUCAAUGAUUUUGUUGGUCUACAUCUUGACUCUGGCUGGGAAUAUGGCCAUCAUCUGUGCAGUGAGGUGGGACCAUCGACUACAUACCCCUAUGUACGUGCUCCUAGCCAACUUCUUCCUAGAGAUCUGGUAUGUGACUUGCACAGUCCCCAACACGCUGGUAAAUUUUUUCUCCAAAACUAAGACCAUAUCCUUCUCCGGAUGUUUCACUCAGUUCUACUUCUUCUUUUCCCUGGUUACAACUGAAUGCUUCUUCCUCUGUGUCAUGGCUUAUGGUCGGUACCUGGCCAUCUGCCACCCACUGCACUAUCCCUCCAUUAUGACUGGCCAGCUCUGUGGCAUCUUGGUGUCUCUUUGUUGGCUCAUUGGUUUCCUUGGACAUUCAAUUUCCAUUUUCUCCAUUUCUCAACUACCUUUCUGUGGCAUUGAUCAUUUUCUGUGUGAUGUGGACCCACUGAUGGCAUUGUCCUGUGCCCCUACUCACACCAUAGGGCAUGUGUUCCAUUCUGUGAGCUCUCUUUUCAUCAUCCUCACCAUGGUGUACAUCCUUGGGUCCUAUACCUUGGUGCUCAGAACUGUGCUUCAGGUUCCUUCUUCAGCUGGAUGGCAAAAGGCCUUCUCUACCUGUGGAUCACACUUGGUUGUGGUGUCUCUGUUCUAUGGAACCAUAAUGGUGAUGUAUGUGAGUCCCACACCUGGCAACUCAGUUUCUAUGCAUAAGAUCAUCACACUGAUAUAUUCUGUGGUAACACCUGUUUUAAACCCCCUCAUCUACAGCCUACACAACAAGGACAUGAAAUAUGCCCUCCAUCAUGUCUUCUGUGGAAUGAGAAUUAUCCAGAGAUCAUGA